AUGAUUAGUCCUGAAAGCAACAAGACUUCAAAGAGUGCUAUGAUUGAUGAUAGUCCUAGGAGUUAUAGGAAGUCUAUUUUUAAGACAUUUAUGAGAAGAAAAUCCCUGUCAGAAGAUGUUAGUCCAGUUAAUACCAAAAGUUUGAAUAGAAUUUCAAGUGUUAAGAGUAAGAAGAGUGAUAAUUCAUUUAUAGAUCAAGAUGACAUGAGUAUUUUUAAUUCAGAUGAUGAAAAUGAUAUGUCACCCCAUGAUGCUGAUACGUCAGAAACGUCAAGUACUUAUUCCAAUCUUCAUACCACCGAUUCCUUCAUAGGUAAAAGUACGUUAAUGGAUGAGAAAUCGUCAGAAAUCAUUGAUGCGAAGCUUUAUGAACUACUUCAAUCCAAUAAUGAGGUGGAAGAACCCAAUUUGGCAUGGGAAGAUUUUAAGCAUGAAUCAUUGAUGGUACCAAAGUAUGCCAAACCUAAUAGACGUAAAAAUAGUCCGGAAAUGUUGAAAAGGCUAUUUUUAGCCCAAGAAUUAAAUGAUGAUACGGAAUCGGAUUCUCAUAGUGUUUCCGAAGAUAGUGUUGAACAUGAUGUUACUAGUCAGAAUCCUAUUAUCAAUAGUAAGAUAAGUAAAGAAAUCUUUGUCAUGCAAUUUAGUAGAGAUGGGAAGUAUUUGGCAGUUGCUGGAAGAGAUUCUGUUAUUAAAGUAUGGAAAGUAAUAUGUUCACCUUUGGGAAGAAUGGAAUAUAAUAACUACGAAGCUCAUCAUAAAUCUCAAUCUAAAAGUCCUGCUCACAAACAUCAUGAAGAUACGGUAUAUCCAUAUGCCCCAGUAUUUCAUCAAAAACCUGUUAAAGUAUUUAAAGGUCAUAGUAAUAGUGUUCUAAGUAUCGAUUGGAGUAAGAACAAUUUCCUCGUUUCUGGAAGUAUGGAUAAGACAGUCAAAUUAUGGCAUAUCGAUAGAUCAUCAGCAUUGGCAACUUUUCAACAUGAAGAUUUCGUAACCACGGUAAAAUUCCAUCCUAAUGAUGAUAGAUUCUUCCUAAGUGGAUCUUUGGAUAAUCAAGCAAGAAUAUGGUCGAUUCUAGAAAGAAACAUCGCUUAUGGAAGAUACCUUGGAGAUGAAAUGUUAAUCACCGCCGCAAAUUUUACCCCUGAUGGAUUACAUUGUGUUUUUGGGGGUUUCAAUGGGAAUAUGGCCGUACUUGAAACUAAAGGAUUACAUAUUCUUAAUAAGUUUGAUAUCAAACAGAAGAGUAUAGUUCCUCUUAGUAACACCAAUGGUAAUAAAGUAACCAAUAUCAAGGUCUUAAAGACUUCGGAUGAUGAUCAAACUAUUGAUUAUAGAAAAUGGUCAUACUUAGUUACUACCAAUGAUUCUAGAAUCAGAUUAGUUAGUAUUAAAGACAAGAAAUUAGUGACCAGAUUCAAAGGAGCUACCAAUUCAGGAUCAAUUGAAGCUUCUAUUACUGAUGAUUAUCGGUAUGUCUUAUCAGGAUCAGAAGAUCAUUGGGUGUAUAUAUGGGAAAAUAACAAUCAAAUCAUCAACAAUAAUUUAAGAGGUGCUGUUAAAGAAAUGAUCAAUGAUGGGGUUCAUCAACUUAAUCAAUUGGAAGCUAAACAUGAAAAGUAUUAUAAAUUACUUCUAAAGAAUAAACUUUUCAAUAAACUUCAUAAAGAAGUGUUACACAAUAAUGAAAUUGAUUUGAUAUCUAAUGAAAACAGUAGUUAUGCUUCAUUUCAUGCUCAUCAUUCUAAUGUUAAUGCUGCUAUCUUUGCUCCUAAUUCCACUAAGAAGCUUCUUGAAUUAUCAGAUGACUUGAUCUUUGACUUACUUAAGAGAGCAAGACUUUGUUCCCAUUUACAUAAAUUUGAUGAUAUCCAUUUACCUGAAGAAGAAGAAGUCGAUUAUGGUAAUCAAGGACUUAUUAUUAUUACUACUGAUGAUUAUGGACUUAUCAGAGUGUUUAGACAUGAUCCAGCUUAUGAAGUGAGAAACAGAAUUCUUAGAAUUUAUAAGAAAUCUAAGGAUUCAGAUUUCCUUCCUUGUGAUAUGCCACGGUUCAAAACUGACAAACCUAAACUUCUGAAGAAGAAGAGAUGUUCAGAAACUUCUACUCCUUCAUCAAUGUCCGUACCAACUAUUUCUAAAACAAGACCUGUUGUGGAAAAGGCCCAUAGUUCCCAAUCUUCUACUCCUCAAAGCUCAAAAUCAGGAACUCGUCAUUUACUGAAAAGUAUUUCAACAGGAAUAAUUUCCUCCAAUAAUGCAUCGCUUGCUAUUCAUACAGCUGCCCCAGUCAGAGCUUUAGAUUCAGUGAGAUCAAUGCUGCCACCAGCAGUGGUAACUCCUGAACAGGAAAUUCAUGAACCUUUCCCCAGUAUUGAAACAAGUGCUAAAACGGUAAUUCCAAGAUUGGUGGAAACUCCUCCAACUUCAGAAUUUAGGAAUGUCCUGCUUUCACCAUCACUUAAACCUUUGGAUUCUAAAGAGGAUUUGAAGGAUUUGAAGAUAAAGAGAGUAAAUAAAUGA